UGAGUAUGUGCCGGCAGCAAACACCAUGGCCGCCCUGGUACUGAUGCCUUUACUCUUUAUUUGCACGGACACUGCAGGAGCUGCUGUGAGACCUGUGAUUUCCCUCUCCCCAAACUGGACCCCAAUAUUCCCAGGGGAGUCUGUAACUCUGAGCUGUAAUGUGGCUCCUACUGCCCAAGGGAACCUGGGAUAUUCCUGGUACAGGAAUGGACACCCAAUACCUGGGGAUCAGCAGAACCUUACAGGAGUGAUGCCCAAUGGGUAUUACCAGUGCCAGGCCGGUGCCAGUGAGAGAAGUGACUUUUUUAAAUUGGAUGUAAGUUCUGAUCUGCUCAUCCUGCAGGCGCCCCCUGCUGUUCAUGAAGGGGACUCCCUGUCUCUCAGGUGCCACAGUCAGCCUGGAUAUGAUACAAGGAACCCAGUAUUUUACAAGGACAAUAAGGCCAUUGGGUCCCCAGUCAGUGGCUCUGAGUUACAGAUAGGGAGAGUGAAUGUUACUGAGUCUGGUACAUACAGGUGUGACAAGGAAAUGUGUUAUUACUGCCAGACAUUUUUUAAUUACACAGCCUACCGUACCAUUUCAGUCUCAGAAUUGUUCAGUCCCCCACAACUAAAAGUGAGUUCAGAUCAGGUGACAGAAGGAGAUCACAUGACCAUAACAUGUGACACAGAGCUCCGCCCACACAGAGAGACUACAGAGCUGCAGUUUGCUUUCUACAGAAAUGGGCACAAUGUGCAGGGAUUCAGUUUAUCCAACCAAUAUGGAGUCCCCUCAGCUCAGCUGGAGGAUUCUGGGAAUUAUACCUGUGAGGUACAGACUCCAACCGGCAGUGUGAGGAAGAGGAGCAGUGUUAUGACUUUCCAGAUACAGGAGUUGUUCAGUCCCCCACAACUAAAAGUGAGUUCAGAUCAGGUGACAGAAGGGGAUCAUAUGACCAUAACAUGUGACACAGAGCUCCGCCCACACAGAGAGACUACAGAGCUGCAGUUUGCUUUCUACAGAAAUGGGCACAAUGUGCAGGGAUUCAGUUUAUCCAACCAAUAUGGAGUCCCCUCAGCUCAGCUGGAGGAUUCUGGGAAAUAUACCUGUGAGGUACAAACUCCAACCGGCAGUGUGAGGAAGAGGAGCAGAGAGGCACAUAUCCACAUACAGGAACUUUUCACUUGGCCAAAAAUUAGUCAUUUGCCAGAUCAGGUGACAGAAGGAGAUCACAUGACCAUAACAUGUGACACAGAGCUCAGCCCACACAGAGAGACUACAGAGCUGCAGUUUGCUUUCUACAGAAAUGGGACCAAUGUGCAGGGAUUCAACUCAUCCAACCAAUAUGGAGUCCCCUCAGCUCAGCUGGAGGAUUCUGGGAAUUAUACCUGUGAGGUACAGACUCCAACCGGCAGUGUGAGGAAGAGGAGCAGUGAGGCGCAUAUCCACAUACAGGACCUGCGUGGGACAUUCCUGAUACUGCUUCUCACUGGGGCGCUACUAGUGGUACUUCUACUCAUUGCUGCUAUCCUUGUGUUCAUGUUUCAACACAAACUUCCUUCGUUACUGUUCUGCCGACGUCAGCAACCAAAAACAGAAAGUGAACUGAAUAAACCAGACAGAACGUUACAGAGAGGAACCAAUGAAGAGGAGGCAACACCAUAUCAAGAUCCAUCAGAGCUGAGUGUGGUUGGUACAAGCCCCCAAGAGGGUGAUGAAGUCUCUUACGCUGCUAUCUGCCGCCCCCAGAAAGUCUCUCCUGUAAAGAACACUAAAGAUGAUACAAUGUGUGUCACCUAUGCUGUGAUUCAGAGGGACAACAGAGUAAACAAUCGCCAGAGACAACCCAACUCAGAACUAGACAGCACUUCCUCCAUCUAUCACAACUUUGGCACCGAGUAACAUCAAGAUAAAAUGGAUCAUGUGAAACCUGAAAUGCAAGUUUCAUGCUUAGUGUGAGGAGCCAAAAGAUAUGGGAAUGUGCAACAAAAGGAUGUUUUCUUCAAUGGCGGAUGGUGCCCUAUUACUUCUGUUUUCUUAUUAUAUCCAUAGGUAACAACGUCUAGGACUCCCAUUACAAUAAAAAUAAAAGCCUUCUCCCUACAUUUAAAAAUACUUUGAUAGUACUGAGAUUGGUUGUACCAAAAACAAUAUAAUAUAAAAUAGGUAGAAAGGAAAAAUAAACCAUUUGAUAUGCACUAGUACAUCAUUCAGGGCAGUCAUAGUCAAGGGUAAGUCCAUAAACAAGCCAGAGGUCAAAACCAGUAGAAAUCAGGACAAGAACUGGAAAGAACUCAAACCCACAGGAAACAGGAUACUGGACACAGGAAGUCAAGACUUUAAUAAUCAGAACAGGAAGGAGGAAGAAGCAGUCUUCAAUAGCUUCUCAUUGAGGGAAUUGCCUGUAGCUAGACCAGAUAGGUUACGGGUGUUAGCCAAGAAAGGCAAAAAAGCAAGUGAUGAAUUUUAACUACAUACACAGCCUCCUGUGGCCCCUGAGGAGCAAUGGCUGUCAGAUCCCCAGUUCUAGACCUGACAGGACAGGAAUUAUAUAAACCUUAUGCACAAGCCCUGACUGUGGAUUCUGGUUAAUGCCAGAGGGGCUGCUAUAAUGUGCCAAAGGCAAUCAAUAUUUAGUGGGCUAUUUGGGCCUCUUUGUACAUGAAAUGCCAGGGCCUAUAAUAAAAUCCCA